AUGCCGUCUGCUCCUCUGUUCUUUGUGGCCGGCGUGGCUCAACUGGGAACACCGCCGGCCACAAAUCGGAGGGGAGUGAUGGCUGGAGAGGCUCAAUCAAUCGAGUGGAUGAAGGCCGACCGAUCAAAUGCAAGAUUCUGGUGGAUUUCCGUGGUUAUCACAUCGAAAGAGAAUACGUCGCUAAAUUGUGGGAUGAAGAAAUCAACAUACGAGAGGAGAAAUAAGGAUCUUUGA